AAUGUCCAUUGAGGGAUCAACUGUCGUUUUUCAAUGGAGAAGGGCUGGUAACCUCACGCAGUGCAGUGGUCAUGGACAGGGCUUGCCCUGAGAAAUUAGACAGCAUAAUAAAUCCGUGAUUAGCGCACUACUUGGUUUUCUUUUCAUAUGAUGGGGCGGCAGGGUAGCCUAGUGGUUAGAGCGUUGGGCUAGUAACCGGAAGGUUGCAAGUUCAAACCCCUGAGCUGACAAGGUACAAAUCUGUCGUUUUGCCCCUGAACAGGCAGUUAACCCACUGUUCCUAGGCCAUUAUUGAAAAUAAUAAUUUGUUCUUAACUGACUUUCCUAGUUAAAUAAAGGUAAAAAUAUGAGAGUCAAUUCUUUUAAAAUUAAAUAUAUAUUUUUAUUUAUUGUGUACAGUCCACAUUAAUCAUGCUCUAUGAAACAGCCACUUUUCAUGUAAAUGCCCUGUGAUUUAUAAUACCCAAUGGAACAUUUUAUUUGACAAUCAAAUAGCAUAAUUAAUAAUCACUUACUGUAGAUAGACCACAGUUCAUUUAUUUGUUAUCGCUCUCAGUCAGAAAAGCCUGUGGAGGAUUCAGUCUUUAGAUUGUAAAAUCAAGAAGCACUACCAAUCGGUUUCUUGUCUUCAUGAAAUAUUGUUAUAGGGAGAGAAGGAGGGUAAGCAUAGAAUUACAUAUAUACUGAACAAAAAUAUAAACGCAACAAAGUGUUGGUCCCAUGUUUCAUGAGCUGAAACCAAAGAUCCCAGAAAUGUUCCAUACGGACAAAAAGCAGAUAUCGCUCAAAUGUUACGUACAAAUUGGUUUUACAUCCCUGUUAUUGAGCAUUUCUCCUUUGCCAAGAUAAUACAUUCACCUGACAACUGUGGCAUAUCAAGAAGCUGAUUAAACAGCAUGAUCAUUACACAGGGGGAGCAUGCAAUUGAAUGACUGCAGGAAUGUCCACCAGAGCUGUUGCCAGAGAAUUGAAUGUUAAUUUCUCUAUCAUAAACUGCCUCCAACGUUGUUUUAGAGAAUUUGAUAGUAUGUCCAACCGGCUUCACAACCGCAGACCACGUGUACUGCAGUCCACCGUGAAACCGACUUCAGUGGGCAAAUGCUCAUCUUCGAUGGCCACUGGCAAGCUGGAGAAGUUUGCUCUUCACGGAUGAAUCCCAGUUUCAACUGUACCGGGCAGAUGGCAUCGUGUGGGCGAAAUGUCAAUUUUGUGAACAGAGUGCCCCAUGGUGGUGGUGGGGUUAUGGUAUGGGCAGUCAUAAGCUACGGACAAUGAAAACAAUUGCAUUUUUAUCAAUGGCAAUUUGAAUGCACAGAGAUACCGUGAUGAGAUCCUGAGGCCCAUUGUCGUGCCAUUCAUCCGCCACCAUCACCUCAUGUUUCAGCAUAAUAAUGCACGGCCCCAUGUCGCAAGGAUCUGUGCACAAUUCCUAGAAGCUGAUAAUUUCCCAGUUCUUCCAUGGCCUGCAUACUCACCAGACAUGUCACCCAUUGAGCAUGUUUGGGAUGCUCUGGAUCGACGUGUAAGACAGCCUGUUCCAGUUCCCGCCAACAUCCAGGAACUUUGCACAGCCAUUGAAGAAGUGGCCACAAUCAACAGCCUGACCAACUCUAUGCGAAGGAGAAGUGUUGCACUGCAUGAGGCAAAUGGUGGUCACACCAGAUACUGACUGGUUUUCUGAUACAAAACCCUACUUUUUUUGUUAAAGGUAUCAGUGACCAACAGAUGCAUAUCUGUAUUCCCAGUCAUGUGAAAGCCAUAAAUUAGGGCCUAAUGAAUUUAUUUAAAUUGACAGAUUUUCUUAUAUGAACUGUAACAGUAAAAUCUUUGAAAUUGUUGCAUGUUGCAUUUAUAUUUUUGUUCAGUAUAGAACUCUAUAGAACUCGGUGGGAGUGAGACUUAGUAGCAAAGACAGAGUGUGUGGGGGAGGGGAGGUCAGCUACACAAGACCUCCCCUGAUAUACACUCAAUCAGCGCUCUAUGAUGAAUGAAUGGUCUAUGUACAUCCUCAUCAAACUUCUCACUAUUCAUCUUGUGUACUGUACUGUAUUUUACCUCAGAAAAAAAUGCACAGUCUAUUUUUAUGUAAACUGUAUGAGUCAGUGUAUUGUCAGUGUAUUUCACUGUACAUUAUCUGGGGUCCUUGGGAUGUCCGUACCUCUAGACCCUAACCUUACAUUUCAACUUGUAGUAUGGUAGGGACUUCCCAUGCAUUCCGGAUAGCAAGGGGCCUUUACACAAUGGACGAUCAUGUACACGUUACCACACUGCCAUCUAGUGGCCAAUUGAAUAACAGUAGAACCGUUUCAAAACAUUCCGAAACGUGUCGACUUGCUUGAACAUACCACGGAAGUGUGAGACAAACGUUGAGCGGCAUCUCCAGUCAAUCAGUUUCAUUAGUGAGCAUUUUCAUUUUAAAACGCUGUUUAUUUUUUACAGCUAAGGGAUAGCUAACGUCUUAAAACAGACACCGUUAAAGUGAAAUAUGCCUCGGAGAAAGAGGAAUGCUGGGAGCAGCUCCGACGGCACUGAGGAUUCCGACUUCUCUGCUGACCAUGAGCACACAGACCGAAUCGAGACCUAUGGGAGAACACGGAGGAACACGCGCCUCACCCGGGCAUCGCUGCGACUCAGCCAAAGUUCACAAGAUUCCAGCCCUGUCCAGAUCAGCCCAGCAGAGGUGGUGACCUUCUCUGCCCGGCGAGUGACCCGUAGCCGUAGUCUGCAGCAAGGGCCGCCGGUCACCCCCAAGAAAUACCCUCUGCGCCAGAGUCGCUCUUCGGGGUCGGACACGGAGCAGCAUGUGGAGGACCUGAAGCGAGCAGCAGACCAGGACGAGUCUCCGCCCCGCACCCCAACAGGGAACGCCCUCUCAUCGGAGUCGGACAUUGACGUGUCCAGCCCUAACGCCUCUCAUGACGAGAGCCUGGCCAAGGAGCUGUCACUCAAAGACACUGGCAGUGACCUCUCCCACAGGCCCAAGCGCCGCCGCUUCCACGAGAGCUACAACUUCAACAUGAAGUGCCCCACACCAGGCUGCAACUCUCUGGGCCAUUUGACAGGGAAACAUGAGAGGCACUUCUCAAUAUCUGGCUGCCCUCUCUUCCACAACCUCUCUGUAGAUGAAUGCAAGACGAGGGCCUCCUCUCGUGACAAACAGGUGGAGGAGCGGACAUUGUCCCACCGGCAGGAUGAGAACAGACACGGUACCCGUCACCAGGCCCCAACGGAGAGACAGAUGAGGUACAAGGAGAAGGUGACGGAAAUGAGGAAGAAGAGGAACUCGGGUCUGCUAAAAGAGCAGAAAGACCAGUACAUGGAUCACCGGCAGUCCCACGGCAACAACCGAGAGCCCCUCCUGGAGAACAUCACAAGUGAUUACGACCUGGAGCUCUUUCGAAAAGCCCAGGCACGUGCUUCGGAGGAUCUUGAGAAGCUGCAGGGCCAGGUGGCGGAGGGCAGCAACAUGAUCAAGACCAUCGUGUUUGGCCGCUACGAGCUGGACACCUGGUACCACUCGCCCUACCCCGAGGAGUACGCCCGCCUGGGACGCCUCUACAUGUGUGAGUUCUGCCUCAAGUACAUGAAGAGUCUGACCAUCCUGCGUCGGCACAUGGCCAAGUGUGUCUGGAAACACCCACCAGGGGAUGAGAUCUAUCGAAAGGGAAACAUCUCCGUCUUUGAGGUGGACGGUAAAAAGAACAAGAUCUACUGCCAAAACCUGUGCCUUCUGGCUAAGCUCUUCCUGGACCACAAGACCCUAUACUACGACGUGGAGCCCUUCCUCUUCUACGUCAUGACAGAGGCUGACAACACCGGCUGCCAUCUUGUUGGCUACUUCUCAAAGGAGAAGAACUCGUUCCUGAACUACAAUGUCUCCUGUAUCCUCACCAUGCCACAGUACAUGAGGCAGGGCUACGGAAAGAUGCUGAUUGACUUCAGUUACUUACUGUCUAAAGUGGAGGAGAAGGUGGGCUCUCCAGAGCGGCCCCUCUCAGACCUGGGCCUAAUCAGCUACAGGUCCUACUGGAAGGAGGUGCUGCUGCGCUACCUCAACCAGUUCCAGGGGAAGGAGAUCUCCAUCAAGGAGAUCAGCCAGGAGACAGCCGUUAACCCAGUGGACAUCGUCAGCACCCUGCAGUCCCUCCAGAUGCUCAAGUACUGGAAAGGGAAGCACCUGGUCUUGAAGAGACAGGACCUAAUCGACGACUGGAAAGCCAAGGAGACCAAGCGCGGCAGCAGCAAGACUAUUGAACCCACUGCCUUAAAGUGGACCCCACCUAAAGGAACAUAGGACACUUCUUCCCCCUACACCGUACCACACCAACUCUCCAAUACAAUGACCUGGGUUCAAAGCUCACUAUCAGAAUAGUUUACUUCAAACAACUUUUUGAUCAGUACACUGUGUUAGUGCAGAAUUAUUGAUCAUGAUUAUUGAGAGUCCUAACCAGGCUUAAGUAGUAGAUCAUAAUAGCAACAAGAAUACUGAUGGUGGGUUGCUUGAAUCCAGACCCUAGCUUGCCUCACACAACUUCUCAGUAGAACCGUAUUAACCUAGUGAGCCAGUCAGUUAGUACGUAUGGGAAUAUAGCUGUCUUUCUGGGGAGGGGUUAAGGUAACACCACAAUGUAUCCAUGUGUCUUGAUUGUCUUUAAUAUUUUCUGUUUGGUUUGGGCUUUAUUUUACUUUAUUUUUUUAUAUAUGUUUUCAACUUCUGUUUGGUUUUACCACUGUUUUAAGCUGUUUUGGCUAAUGUCCUUUUUUAAGCUAUUUUACAUUUGGCUUCCUGAAAGAUUGCCAAUUCCCUUUCUUCCCCUUCUCUCCACAGUGUGCACUCUUUCAAGUAUUUAAAAGCAUCGGACUGGUGAAAACGUUGGCUGGAGGAAGUUCCUGACCCCAAUCCCUUCCUUUUAAAUCCAUGAGGAAGAGUGCACAAGUAAACACUUUGUGGGAGGAGGAGAAGAACUGGAAUUCUCAGUCAGGCUCUGCCUGAGGCCGAAGUGCGAAUUUGAUGUCAAGUUCAAGUCAUGCUGUCAAUAUAUUUAAAUGAUGGAGAGAAGAUUUUAUAGUACAGGUUUGGCAAGACAAAGUAUAUUUGAAGAAAGUUUUUAAAAUGUGCAGGACUGGUUUCCUAGCCGUACUGAGAACUAGAUUUGAACGUGUUAUUUAGAAGAGAUUUUCUCUAACAUGUUGCAGAGGAACAAGCAAAUGCAUGUAGUACACAGCAAAAUAGACUAUUUGUCUUGCGCUGUGGUCAACCCAUUUUAUGUCUGUUUAUGUGUAAAAGGAUAAAAUAAUGGAUGUUACUGACUGUUAGACUGAUUGUGCAUAUACAUGGGAUGAAACCAGAAAUGACCUCCAUCUGCUGUGUGUAUAUAAAGAUUUAGAGUUUCCACAGCGACGUAUGGCCCUCAUCUCAAGAAUUUAUAGCCACAAUAGGGCAACAAAUAUAUAAAGUGCACAUCUUUAUAGUUGCAGAAGAAAUGGCCUUUACUGACCAUAUGUCAAAAGUGAACUCUUUAUUAACACCGUAAAGGAUUCACAAACGUCACUGUCAUUCUGAAAUAGUGUUAAUCAUUGUGUAGAGUUUUGAUUUUUUUAUUCCGUUGUGUUUCUUUCUGGGUUCUUUCUUGUGUGUUUAAAAAAAUAAGCUAUUUGAUCUGUGUAUUUGUAUGUCAGAGGGGAGAAACUAAACAAGCUCAGAAUCUGAGAGGAGGUAUUUCUUCAAGGCUGCCAAAUAGACUGUAUAUUUCACCGUCAUAUUUCAAUGCAUCCAGGUUGAACUGGGAAACUAAUACUCCAAUAAUAUGGCGUUAUGAUUCUUUUCAGAAUAUAAGCACUCGUGUUGGAUGUCCAAUUUAAAUUGCAUGUUAACAUAGUUUUGGGCCAGUCCGGCUUCAUUCAUUCCUUCUGCUUUUGAAUGUUAAGUAAAAGGCCUUGAAAUAUACCUGCCCAUCAGACUGUUUACUUCCUUAUUUUGACUCUCUAAAACUAGAUUGUACACUGUCCACUAUAUUAUGGGGUAUGAUUUUGAUUUAGUUGCAAAGUUCAUGGUUCUUCAAAGAGUCUGUAUAAUGGCAGCAUCUUUGGCAUGAAUAGAUGCUAACUUGGCCUAACAUCACACAGAGGUAUUAUAGCAGGUCAACUUGCAGCUCAUUUCACUGUACAUUUUAUUGGAACCUGAGAACACACUGCUACAACAGGUCAACUGUUAAUUUCCCCAAAACAAUUAUCCGUUACCUCUGCCUUUCAUAUUUUGCCUCCCAACAGGUUGCUGUGUUGUCUUGAUGUUUCCUCCUGUGCCAGUCAUGGCAGCUAUAGAAAGACACUCCAGAACAGCUCAGUUUAUCUGAAACCAGUGUGUGUGGUCAUAAUGUUCACCAUCAUACAAGCAUUUGUUCUUCAAUAAGCUAUCAAAAGAGCAGUAGACCACUGUUGCUGCACAGCAGUCAGCAGUACCUCUGUACAGCAUUAAUAUGUAGAUAAGUUGUGUGCACCUGCUUUUGUACUUGCUUCCUCUCCAAUAAAUCUAAACUCCAAAAUGUCUUGA